AAACCAACCUUUCUUUCUGAUUUGGCACGCUUUCUACUUUCUUUUGGGUGAAAUGUGGCAUUUUUUCUUGUUUCUUUAGGCGUUAACUGAGGCCCAUCUCAUCUUCUGUUCAUUUUUGCUUAGAUUAGUGUCAAAGAUGGAUGAUUCUGCCAAAUCUGGUGCUAGAUUGGAAGUUUCAGUUUCGUUUGGUAGGUUUGAGAAUGAUGCACUCUCGUGGGAGAAAUGGUCUUCUUUCUCCCCCAACAAGUAUUUGGAGGAAGUUGGCAGCUUAUCAACACCGGGAUCGGUGGCACAGAAAAAGGCCUAUUUCGAAGCUCACUACAAAAGGAUCGCAGCUAAGAAAGCUGAGGAGAUGGAGCAGGAGAACUCGAUGAGCCCUAUUAUCCCCAGUCCUUGUUUAUCCAGCAAGGAAGAUCAUAGUGAGAAUUCAUCUGAGAAUGGGGCUGAAUUCGGCUUGUUCAGUCACGAGAGAUUAGUUGAAAGAAUUGCAGAGGAAGAAGCAUGUGCGGCUGCUUUGACAAAUGUCGUGAUUGCAGAUGAGGAGAAAAAUGGUAAUGCUAGAUCAUCCAAAGGGGAUGAGCAAGGAGCUUGUAUGAAUAAUUUGGUUGAAAAUGUUGCUUCAGAGGAGGAGAUGGGUGCUUCGGUGGAGUCGGGAAGCUCUGCAAUUCAAGAAGCUAAGGACGAAACAAAUGUUGAUGUAGAUAACUCUGAGUUGAAUGUUAGUAAAGAUGCAUUGUCGGUUGUGUUAGAGACGCCUCAGAAAGUUUCUCAGCGUAUCUUGGAAAGACCUCGAGAAAGUAAAAACGUGUUGAAACAAUCAAGCGUGGUGAAAAAGGAAAAUUCGAAGUUGAAUACACGGCAUGUACCUCAAAAGGUAACUCCAAUGAACAAGGAGAGAAACUCGUCCAUGACAAGAAAGAAAGUCGUUACACCUCCAACCAAACCGUUGCCAGCAACCACUCCUAGACACAUGAGGCCUACAUCGGUCUCAUCACCUAUAUCAGCCCCUCAAGCUUUAAAAAAGAAGGUGAAUCAUUCGGCACCCCCAAAAACAAAGAGUUCUCAGGUUGGACAAAGCAAGAAAGUAGCUCCAACCUCGCUGCACAUGUCUCUUAGCUUGGGUCCUGCAGAGUCUCUUGGCGCUAUCCCGAUGACCAGGAAGUCAUUGAUAAUGGAGAGCAUGGGGGAUAAGGAUAUUGUCAGACGAGCUUUCAAGACUUUCCAGAAUCGCACAAAUGGAUUUUCAACCGAUGAAAAACCAACCACAGUAAAACAUGCAUCAUCUACUGCUCGUGAACCAAAGACAUCCAGUUAUCGCACUCCUACAAAGGGAAAUGAAGGGCUGAGAAAGGAAGCUGAAAAGAGAACUAGUCAUAUGAUCCAGUCAGGAACGAGAUCGAAUCCUCUGUCUACUGGAUUGCAUAAAAGCAUUGCACUGGAUAAGAAAAGUCCCGCAACUCCCUCUCCGGCUGCAGGGUUGAAGAGCGAUGACAAAGCUGCGAAGCGUAAAGAGUUCCUAAAGAAGCUCGGGGAAAAAUCAAUUGCUAGAGAGUCGGAAAAAGCUCAGCUUGCUGCAAAAUCAAAGGUGGGUGUUGAAAAUGGGAUGCGUCAAAAACCUAUAACAACCCGUUGAAUAUUGUUGUUUCAAGAUUUCCAAGUCGAGUGUCACUACAUCUCGACUGGAUAACAACUAUUGAUGGCUAAAGCUGUUAGAGUAAGAGCUCAUGACAAGAACCGGUUUCGGUUUCGUGACUUCCUCCACGGCCUAGCUAGCCAGCAGCAUACUUUAUCGCGGUAGGUAAACAAAGGGAAGAAGGCACACUGGCACAACACUGCACUUGCUAUUGAGAUCGAACAUCUUGCCUUAGCAGGAGAUUUAAGAGAAGCUUAUGAUUUUGCUUUUUACCCAUUUAGGGAGAAAAUCAUGUGUGUAUAAAAGGCUACGUUCGUUUGAAGCAGUUUUAUUACUACAAGAUAGCAAAACUAGUAGCAUUAAAGUUAAAACUAAAAUUAUGAGCAUAUUUGUUGAACUCUGUUUAUUUUCAAAUAUAAUCUGGCAGUCUUUAGGAGGAA